AUGGCAGUGGGGAAGGCCUGGGCGAGCCCUGCUGUGUCUCCUUGUACGUCCAUUCCCGCUGAGCUGAUGCCAGCCGAAGCCCAGGCCGGGAAGGGGGCGGCCCGGUCUAGUUCCCAAGGGGUCCCCGGCCUCCGAGUCAUCCCGUUCCCCAGCCCCAGGGCCAAGGGGGCGAGGCGGGAGCAGAGGCUCCGCCCCGGGGCGGGGCGCGGCAGCGGGCUCCCGCGGGGUCCCGGCGGGCGGGCACUCGGCGGCAGCGGCGCGAUGGAGGCGCCGGCCGAGCUGCUGGCGGCGCUGGCCACCGCGCUGGCGCUGCUGCUCGCCUGGCUGCUGGUGCGGCGCGGAGGAGCGGCAGCGAGCCCGGACCCCGCGCCCCCGGCCCAGCCCAGCGCAGCCCCUCCCGAAGCCCCGCCCGGGCCCUGCGCCCCAGAGCCGGCGGCCGCGCCCGCGGGGCCGGAGGAGCCCGUGGAGCCCGUGGAGCCCGCGGCCGCGCCGGCCCAGGCGGAGGAGCAGGCGGCCGGGGCGAGGCAGGAGGAGGAGCAGGACUCCGAGAGUGAGAAGGGCCUGUCCCCCCUGUCCCCCGAGGGGCCUGAGGAGGAGGAUGGAGAUGCCUUCUCCUUCAAAUACAGCCCCGGGAAGCUGAGGGGGAACCAGUACAAGAAGAUGAUGACCAAAGAGGAGCUGGAGGAGGAGCAGAGACUGCAGAAGGAACAGCUGGCCGCCAUCUUCCGGCUCAUGCGGGACAACAGCGAGACGUUCGGGGAGAUGUCGGAGGGCGACGUGCGGGAGCAGCUGCGGCUCUACGACAUGUAGGCUGGCCCUGCCGCCACAGCACCUGCUGCACCCAGGCCUCUGUAGCUUGUCAGGCGUCCAGACUGCGUGGCAUAGAUUUGUCGAUCGUUCUAUAGCGUCGGCCGAGACCGUCUUCGGCUUCUGCCUGCUGGUGAGGUUCCAGCUGUUGCGUAGGCCAGGGCCUGAGGCUGUUGCCAUAUUUUUAAAGAUUUAUUUAUUUGAAAGGCAGAGUCACAGAGAGAGGGAGAAGGAGAGAUCUUCCAUCUGCUGGUUCGCUCCCCGAAUGGCCACGAUGGCCAGGGCUGGUCCACGGUGAAGCCAGGAGCCAGGAGCUCCAUCCAGGGCUCCCCCUGUGGGUGGAGGGGCCCAAUCGCCCGUGCCCUCAUGGCUGCAGGGGGUGCUUUCCCAGGACUGGACUCUGGAGACGCCACUGGACACACAGCCCACGUCACAGUACCUGGGGUCAAACCCUGGCUCCCACUCUGCCUCCUGCUUCCUCCCGGCGCCCACCCUGGGAGACAGCACACGGUGGCCCUGAGAACUGGUUCCCUGCCACCCCUGUGGGAGACUGGAGCUGAGUUCCUGGUUCGCCAGCUGUGGCCUGGUCCAGUCCUGGCUGCCGCGGGCACUCGGGAAGUGGAUCGGAGGAUCGGAGCUUUCUGUGCCUCUGCCUCUCAAAUAAAAACUUUUUAAAGUAAAAAGAA